AUGUUCCUAGCUACAAGUAACGAAGUUCGCCUCCUGCCAAGAAUCUGUUUAUACCGGAGGAAAAGAAGGAUGAAACGACGUGAUGUUGUUGCCGUCGCUAUACCCUUGUCCUCGGGGUCGUCGCCUAACAACAUCACUGCUGAGAAGCUUCCGAAUUCCCAGCCUGCACAGCCGUGGUUGAAUUUGCAGGUAAUCCCGUCUGCUGCGGUCGAUGCUACAACUAAUAUUAUUGGUACGUACACGGGUCCGUUUGAGUCGCUCCUUCGACCGAAUUGGAAAUAUCUGAAGAGGAGAGUACGAGCUGUUAUUGGAGUGCUUCCUCCUCCGCUCAUGGUCGUUGAAACCCGAGCGGAGAUGGUAGAUGUUAAGGAAGAAGAAGCAUGA